GCGGCUGCCCAGCUCCCCUCCAUCCUCGCCGAGGUCUCGGAUGGAAGCAGCGUGCAACAGCAUGGCCCUCGAGAGGCUCGGGGAAGCCCUGCGCGGCCUCCCCGCCUCGCAAGGCUGCCUGCUGCUCCUCCUCUGCCUGCUCGCCGCCGUCCACCUGGGCAAGCUCCUCCUGCAGCGGCAGCAGCGCCGGCGGCAGGGCCAGCGCCGGGCGCCGCCGGGCCCCUUCCCCUGGCCCCUGAUCGGCAACGCGGCGCAGCUGGGCAGCGCCCCGCACCUCUCCUUCGCCCGCCUGGCCAGCACCUACGGCGCCGUCUUCCAGCUGCGCCUGGGGCGCUGGCCCGUGGUGGUGCUGAACGGGGAGCGCGCCAUCCGGCAGGCCCUCGUCCGCCAGGGGGCCGCCUUCGCCGGCCGGCCGCCCUUCCCCUCCUUCCAGCUGGUGUCGGGCGGGCUCAGCCUGGCCUUCGGCGGCUACUCGGAGCUGUGGAAGCUGCACCGCCGGGCGGCGCACGCCACGGUGCGGGCCUUCUCCACCGGCAGCCCCGCCACCCGCCGGCUGCUGGAGCGGCACCUGGUGGGCGAGGCGCGGGCGCUGGUGGCGCUGCUGGUGCGCGGCAGCGCCGGCGGCGCCUUCCUCGACCCCUCGCGCGUCCUGGUGGUGGCCGUGGCCAACGUGAUGAGCGCCCUGUGCUUCGGCCGCCGCUACAGCCACGGCGACGGCGAGUUCCUGCGCCUGGUGGGGCGCAACGAGCAGUUCGGGCGGGCGGUGGGCGCCGGCAGCCUGGUGGACGCGCUGCCCUGGCUCCAGCGCUUCCCCAGCCCCGUGCGCGCCGCCUACCGCGCCUUCCGCGACCUCAACCGCGACUUCUACGGCUUCGUCCGCGGCAAGUUCCUGCAGCACCAGCGCAGCCUGCGCCCGGGGGCCGCCCCCCGCGACAUGAUGGACGCCUUCAUCCGCCUGCAGCGGGAGCAGCCGCGGCUGCAGCUCGAGCACGUGCCCGCCACCGUCACCGACAUCUUCGGCGCCAGCCAGGACACCCUCUCCACCGCCCUGCAGUGGCUCCUCAUCUUCCUCAUCAGGUAUCCGAACGUGCAGGCUAAAAUGCAGGAAGAAGUGGAUAGGAUUGUUGGAAGAGACCGUCUGCCAUGUGCUGAAGAUCAGCCUCACUUGCCCUACAUCAUGGCUUUCUUGUAUGAAUCCAUGCGUUUCAGUAGCUUUGUGCCUGUUACUAUCCCACAUGCCACCACAACCAACACCUUCAUAAUGGGCUACCUCAUUCCCAAGGACACAGUGAUUUUUGUAAAUCAGUGGUCAGUGAAUCACGAUCCAGCAAAAUGGUCCAACCCAGAGGAUUUUGAUCCAACGAGAUUCCUGGAUGAGAAUGGAUUCAUCAAUAAAGAUCUUACUAGUAGUGUGAUGAUUUUCUCAUUGGGAAAGCGUCGGUGUAUUGGAGAGGAGUUAUCCAAGGUGCAGCUGUUUCUCUUUACCUCCAUACUGGUGCAUCAGUGCAAUUUUACUGCUAAUCCAAAUGAGGACCCUAAAAUGGACUUCACCUAUGGGUUGACCAUUAAACCUAAGCCAUUUACCUUGAAUGUUACGCUUAGAGAUACUAUGGAUUUGCUCGAUCAGGCUGUCCAAAGACUGCAAGCAGAGAAAGCAGCCAAUGAAAAUCAGCUGUCAGCAAAUGCCUAAGCAACAAACCUUGCAUCUAAAAAUAACCCCCCUCUUUCUUUUUAGACUUAAAUAAGUUAUAGUUUGUUCUGGCAAUCUUUUUGGAAACUAGCCAGUAUUACGAGUUACAAGAGCAGGAAGGAAAACUGCACAAGGUGUAAUUCAGUCCUCUUUUUAAUUCUAGAAGGAGAGCUAGGGGAACAAUUUAAUAUAUUAAAUGAUAAAACAUAUGCAAUUUGAAAGUAAGCCUUUUCUUUUCUAGCUUGUUCACAGAAGUCGCUGUUAUAAAGAGUUUUUUAUCUACUGACUGGUUGGAGCAUCUCCAGGAACUGUUUAUACAAUCCUUUCCAUGUCUCCAUGCGCUAUGCCUUAAACUCUAAGUUCGCCUUCAGUGACUCCACAUCCCAAAGUGAAAUACCUUAUUUAAAAAAAAAAAAAAAAAAAAGAGGAGGGUAGGGUGGGGUGGGUCAGCCUGCCUCUGAAUUCACUCUACUGGAAACUGCCACAGGCACAUGGCAGCUCCUGUGUUGUGACUGCUGGGAUGUACAUUAAUGCCUCAAUGAUAAAUGUUCAAAUGAUUUUUGGUAAAAUGACAAUGUAAAGUCUUGCCUUUAGCAUUCAAAAGUGUUUACAUAAAUGACUAAAAAAAGACUUGCUUAUAAGCACAUUUGAAAAAAAAAAAUCAUAUUUUGUAGGAGAAUGAACAGAAUGUCCUAGUAUAGUAACUUUUCAUUAAGUUUUGAAAGAUCAGAUUUGGUAUGUCACCAAAUGGCAAGGGUGAUACAAACCAUAUGCUAAUCUGUUCAUUAGCAUAUUCAUGAACAAAAUAGAUAGUUGAAUCGGUAGAAAGUUUUAUAAAGGUGUAGCUGAACUUUGUAUUUCUCUAGUAAAGAGUUAAUAUCCCUGUCCCUAGGCACAUAGGUAAGCCCAGUAAAAUCCACACGGGCCAAGGUAUUUAGAAGUGAGAAUGUGAGGUUUUCAUAUUAAAACUUUCAUGCCGCAAGCCUCAAGUAAAGCGUACAUCAAAUAUACACCUGCUCACUAGUUAUUCUGUAGGUUGAGUUAAAUGGUAUAUCCAAAAAUCAACUAGGUACUUUCAGUACAAUUUGCUCAGAACAAUCUCAGAAGGAAAACUAACAUUACAUGUCCUAAUUAAUGUACCCAUUAACUGAAGAAAAAGUACUUUUAAAUUUUUUGUAAGGCAAAGGACAUAAAAUAAAAAACCAAAACCAACCAGAACUAUUAUUUUAAAGUAAAACACACAUGUGAAACUUUAUGGCCUUGAACUUCUGGCUAAUGUUUGUGUACACAAAGCUGCAUGUAUUUCUCUAAAGAGCAAACAACCCUAUGUAAAUGCCUGAUUCUGAAAAGUGUUGGGCACUUCUUUGGAGCUGCAUAUGACCUUCAAUAACAUAUGAAAUCCAUCAGAAAUGAGAGUACCUCACAUGACUUGCUGUGGUCAGCCUAAUACUAAAUAAGGUAUUAGUAGAGCUAGAAAAAUAAGGGUGCAAAAGUAGCUCUGCUGAGACCUAAGCAAGUAAAGAUUUGCACUGGGUCUUCUGACUGGGUCUCUCAGACUAAGACUUCAGCCAGUCUUAGUCACGUUGGCUGCAGUGACAGAACUUAUACUGACAUUGGGAAGAGCUGAGUUAACGACACAAUCCUGAUCUUCUUAAGUAGAAGCUUCACUACUGAUUUUAAAAACCUGAAUCAAGCCUGAAAGUACUGCUCCAAAACCCCACACAGUAGUAAUGUACCUGUUUAAAGUCUCUGACUUCAUAUGGCAUCUAUCUUCUUUUUUUAGAGCUAAAAAAGUUUUCUAUUACAUACACAAGGAGUAACCUCAGGUGUUUUUCUGAAUUAUGUACAAGUCUGUGAUAUCCCAGAACUUAGCCUAUACCUGUGAAAAGCUUUAUAAGAUACUCAGCAUUUUCGUAUGGAGAUCUACAUUAGAUCAAAUGCUAGCAAGACAAUUUUCCUUGUACCUUUGUAAGUAUUGUUAUUAAAAAAAAAAAAAGGAUGUAACCUACAACUGAAUAGUUAUUCUAACGCAAGGAUCACCCAUUCAUAUUUUAAUAAAAAUGGCUUUUGCAAUUUUGUACUCUUCCAAAAGCUUUAACUAUGCAUUGGCCACUAAUGCAAUGUCCAUUUACACUGCUCAUGUCUGUCAGGGGGUCACACACUAUGUAGCUGUUGGUCAAAUAAUGCCUCGUAUAAUCUGUGAAGUUACUCAAAUUUAGUAGCACCCAUUUAGAAUGUAUGCAGUUGUUCAGUGAGUUAACUUUUAUGGUCAUUUUGAGAUGUAUCAUUGUGUUACCAAAAUACUAAAUAAAAUUAUUCCUACACUGCC